AUGCUACGAACCCGAUUAAUCUCUUUGGUUAAGCACAGUAGGGAUUACUCCAGCAAGUUUGCUCCCGGCGAGAUUGCAGAAAAGUUCAGCUUUGCCGGCAAAGCCAUCAGCAUCAAGAGCUUACUUGAGUCAAAAACAUCUUCAAAAGUCAUUUUGAAUGGGUGGAUUGAGAAGAAACCCAGAAAAGUGGGUAAGAGCUUACUAUUUGGUACUUUGCGCGAUACUAAAGGCGAUCAAAUUCAACUAGUGGACUCGCAAUCGGUCUUGAAGACUGCAAACGUCGAAGACGUUGUUCAGGUAGAGGGGUAUUUGAACCUUAAAAAAACAAGCGGUGUAAACGACCUGCCACAGUAUGAAAUUCAGUUAUCUCGGUUGAGGACUUUGAGUAAGGCCGGUAAAAAACCGUCUCAGUUGGCGGACUACAAGCAGCAGGGAAAUUAUCCUCCGGGAUUCAGAUAUCUGCAACUUCGUCUGCCAAAAUAUCAAGCGUACUUGAAAAAACGCCAUGCUAUCGCACAAAAGGUGAGAGAGAGUCUGAACUCCAGUGGCUUCACUGAAAUCGAGACGCCGAUUCUCUUCAAAUCCACACCUGAGGGUGCAAGAGAGUUUUUGGUUCCAACGCGGACUGAGAUCAACCGCGAACCCGCAUUUUACGCACUGCCGCAAAGUCCUCAGCAAUACAAACAGCUGCUCAUGGCUAGCGGUGUUGAGCGCUAUUAUCAGGUUGCUCGCUGUUUUCGAGACGAAGACCUGAGAAGUGAUAGACAGCCAGAGUUCACCCAAAUCGAUAUGGAAAUGGGUUUUGCAUCGGGUGAGCAAGUAAUGGAACAGGUGGCGGCCACAGUAACCGAAGUUUGGAACCAGCUUUCUUCUGUGGGGACCUUGCACACAUUAGACCAUCGUGAUAAAAUUGUUACGGUGACGAAGUCUCAGCCCAUCAGAGAAAUGAAAUAUAGCACAGCAAUGGCGCACUAUGGUAUUGAUAAGCCCGAUCUCAGAUUCCCAAACCUGAAAAUUUUAGAUCUUACCGAGUUUAAGGCUUAUAGCGUCGAGAAUAACGGCUUCCCCGUUUUUGAAGUUCUGGUGCUGCGGAAUGCCUUUAAAACUAUGGAUGACUAUCAAAAGAGCUGGUCCGUACUCUCUGAUGAGCACCAGUACAAUGCGAGAGCACCGAUAGUCGUACCAAUCGAUUCGCAAGAAAUGGAAGGUCGCUGGUUUGAGAAAUUCAUGUCCAUUGCUAAUUUUGAAAACGCUACAAUGAUGACACGCUUUUUGAACCUUAAGAAAGGAGAUAUUGUGUGCGGCGCGACCAGACAAGCAACGCAUGCUCUUUUUGAAAAUCCUACUCCCUUGGGGCGUAUGAGACAACUUGUAACUCAAACGGAACGUGGCACGGCAUUGUACAAAGAAAGCGAUCAGGCAGUAGCUGCGUGGGUCGUCGACUUCCCUCUGUUUGCGCCUAAAGAGAAAGAUACAAUGUCUACAAGUAAAAAAGAACGCUUUCCAUUGUAUUUGGAGGGACAGUUCACCUCCACCCAUCAUCCUUUCACGAUGGUCAAUCUAAAAGAUUUAGCCAAGCUACAGGAAGAGCCUUUGAGAUGCUCUGGCUCGCAUUAUGACCUUGUGAUAAACGGUAUAGAACUGGGAGGAGGCUCUACAAGGAUUCACGACCCGGAGCUGCAAAAUUAUGUGUUCAAAUCAAUUCUAAAAAUAAAGAACCCAGAGAAGCUAUUUGGCCAUUUACUGACAGCAUUCGAUACCGGCACCCCGCCUCAUGCUGGAUUCGCAAUUGGUUUUGAUCGAAUGUGUGCGAUGAUGUGUGGAACAAACAAUAUUCGAGAUGUUAUUGCUUUCCCAAAGAGUAUUAGCGGUUCUGACCUCGUGGUUCAAAGUCCGAGCACUGUGCCUAAACACUCGCUAGAAGAGUACAAUCUAUCUUUUUCCGCCAAAUAA